AUGCCCCCCUCUUUCCCCGCAGACGACGUCCCCGAGCCCCGCGUGACCUACACCUCCCUCACACACCACACAGCCUUCGAGACCGGCCUGGCCAUCCGGAAACACUUUCUCGACACCUAUCCCACGGUCGACGAGCCCGGAGGUCCAGGUAUCGUCAUCCAGAUUCAGCUCUUCAGUGGGCACAUCCUCUUUGCUGCUGCGGUCGGCUCGGGGCCGACGGUCGGUCCUGGGAAUUGGAAGUGGGUAGAGGGGAAGUUCAAUACGGUGCGCAAGUCAGGAGGGAGUUCGUGGAAGAUGGGUCAGACGCUCAAAGCAUCAGGCAAGACAGCAGAGGCUGUGGGUUUCCCGUUCCCCGAGUUCGCUUGCGCCGGCGGAGGGGUACCUAUCUGGAUCAAGGGGAACGAGGUGGGACCUGUCGGAGCGAUCAUUGUCUCAGGUCUGCCGCAGCGGGAGGACCACCAAGGAUAUUAUGGCUAA